AUUCAAUCGCCUCACUAUUUCUGUUCACCAAACCCAUUUCUGCUGCACCACGCCAUCCUCGCUGGCUCCUCUCAUCCAGCCCUCGAUUCAAGGUCCAGCGGCACCAACUCCAUAAUUUCUUCUCAUAAUGGAUGGUCCAAGAGUGUCCCUGUCGAACUCUGUCUCACCUCUUCGUCUCAGAAAAACCAACAGCUCUUUUUUGAACUGCCGUAUCCCUGAGAGUAGCACUGCAAGCCCCCAAAACACGGACCAGGUCCGUAAGAAUGGCAGCAACCCUAGCACUCCUCACGACCCUGCAACUCUACGCGUCGGUUUUAGCCUUGGCAGCAGCAUUCACAAACAUAUUUCCACACCAGAAGACUUCAAUAAGCCAAAAGAUGGAAAGGAUCCCAAAGUCAAUAAGCUGAUCCACUCCACCUCUAUCCCUUCGUUCUUAUAUGCGUCAUCCGGCCACUCACUCUUCCUUGCGAUGAAGGUUGAUCACUCCAAGCCAAAGUUUGGUCGCUCCGUGAGUAUGAUCAUUUCUUCGCCUUCUUUUGAAUCGACAGCGUCCAGAUCCCUUGCAUCCACCUUUUCUGCCGACUCUUGGGGUGAACAGCCCACUGGGGGAACUGGGACCAAGUGCCGUCAACAGGGCUUGAGCAUGGAGUCCACCCAAGAUGGAGUCGGCCUACUAUCAAUGUCGCAACCUCAACCUUCCCUCUCUGUGCUCCAGAUCGGACCUAUUGCGCGCAAGAACUUUCGUGAACAGACAGCGGAAAGGAAGAGGGCCGUCUUGCAAAUGAGUCAGCUAUUGGCGAUUUCAGGAAAGAAAUGUGUAUACGCAAGGCAGGGGGACAUCGGUGAGGCACCAUCCCUGGACCUGGAUCCUUUCUCACCCUACUCUCCAGGAAUCUUGGACUCCGAUACGGCUAUAACAACUGAUCAGACGUACACUCACAAGGAACCGAUCGACCUGAAUGAGUAUUGCAAGAGAGUUGAUGUUCGACCUAAAGAUGACGAUGAUGAUUCGGACCAGGAAGAGGAGGAAGAAGAGGAAGAGGGACAUGAAUACGAGAGUUAUGAGGAGUGUGAGACGUAUGAUGUGUAUGAGGAGUAUGUUAAGUAUGGGGUGUAUGAUGGGUAUGAGGAGCAUGAGUAUCAGGAACAUGAGGACUACGGCAACCAGACGGUGGUAUCGGCGCAAGUGAAUGCUCUGAGGUCCGAAUUGGAGGUUCAAGUCAAGCUAGAGGCCACAGAAACAACAAGCAGAGAUGAUAUCCUGGACCAGCCCCAACAUGAGGGCGGAAUAGAAGAGCAGAUCCAAGGCAUCUCAAAUACCUCGCAGUCUUCAGUAGACGUUGCUUUUAAACAUGCGAGCAACAAUGCUGUCCCCGCAAUCGCACGUCCAAAAAAGGGAUGCACGACGGAGUCGGAGGCGAUUGCUAGGCAGUGGCGACACGAUCAGGCCGCCAGCCAUUUGAUUCAGCGCACUGACGGUUCUAUCGUUGAGCACAUUGUCCACCACGAAACAUUAUCCGGUCUACAGCUCUCAGCGAAGCAACAUAGAAGACAGGGCGACCAGGGAUAUUUGAGUUCGCCUGGUUCUUUGCGCGUGGCCAAAAUACGAACAGGAGAUUUGUGUAGCACUGGAUCGUCCUCACCUUCUGGUCGCCUUGAAUCAUCUGAUGCAGACACGAUGGCAACCUUUGAGACGCGUGGAUCGACGUCAAAGGACGAUACUUCGAUCCUUGUUGCAAGUAUUUCAACCGAGGAGAGCACUGUUGUCUCUUCGGCAGUACAGUAUGAGUCUAUCUCGCUCCCGGCCCUCCCAAAUGGCUCUUUGCCAUCUGGAAACCAGUGGGGGAUGGAGCCAUCAAAGAUCGAUACAGAACUCCAUAGACCAGACGUCCUGAAGUCUGCUCAGAUCACCUCGAAGACAUCAGAUAAGGACCCGUGGAGGCUGGCAACGAACGUGUCAAUGUUGUUCAGGAGCAAUAGCAGCGAUCAGGAGCAGGUGAUCUCGUCCAAGGUCUCACGAUCUGGCAAGCUGUUUGCGAAGAAGAUCAAGACCAUUGCCGACUUUGAAUACAACGUGGCUAAGAAACUGGGCAAGGGCAACUUUGGGAUUGUAUACCAGGGCAAGACGAUUGAUCAGGGCAUCGAAGUCGCUAUCAAGAAAAUCACACGAAAGCUUCCCGGUGAGAUCGAGAGGCUGGGCUUGGUCCAGAGAGAGAUGAGAGUCUGCCGCUUGUUCCAUGACAGAACGGGUAUUGUUCCCUUGUUGGAUAUCAUUACUACGAACAAGCAUCACUACCUGGUGUUCGAGAAGGCAGAAGGAGAUCUGGCGGAGAUGCUCAAGACGCGCUGCAAGGAUGUUCUAGGUGAUCGAUCUAAUAAAGAUCUAGAUCAACGGCCUUUGUCCCCUUCCUGCUCUCUCGGGACCAUUUUCAGCAUCGAGGAGAUCCGCUCCAUCAUGUACACUGUUGUGCUCGGUGUGCAAGCCCUCCACCAGGAAGGUUACAGCCACAAGGACAUCAAGCCCGCCAACAUCCUCUUCCGUAAGGGCAAGGGCCUACUCUGCGAUUUUGGACUCUGCAGCCAGAUAUAUGAACUGCCGCUGAACCAAUUCUUCGGAACUCAGGACUAUGCGAGUCCGGAGGCUAGGCGCGUCGGAGGUCAUCGUCAAUGUGACUACAUCCGAGGCGACGUUUACAGUCUAGGUGCAGUGUUGUACGAACUCGCGACGGGAUCGGUUCUGUCCAAGGUGAUCAGUCAGGGCUUGAACUGGCAAAAGAUUACCUACUUUGGCGGCAUGGCCUUUAGUGAGCUUUUGCAGGGGAUGGUCAAUGACAUUGAGAAGCGGUGGGAUAUCGAUCGGGUCGUGGAGAGUCAAUUCUGGAAUAAAUCGAUAUCGUCGUCAAGCGUGGCGCUCCCUUGUUCACCGUGCUUGACAAGCCCACUUGGAGAUGGGGUGGUACAGACUGGAGAGGUGGACCCUGCGAAUGCUGCCCUACCGCUCACGCCAAAGAAGGUGGCUUCACCCGUCCAGUGUUAGACUGAGAAGGAGUUCGUUGUCUAGACUGCUUUUCUUUCUGUGAAUAGCAUUAUUCAAUUGUAAGGAAGAAUGCAUGCAUGAGGGACCUCACAAGACGCCUCUAAACAUUAACCAUGACGCUAUGGACACAGUGCGAAAUAAGGUGCUCCAGGAACGCACCUUUGCGUCAGGGCCGUAACAUUUUAUAACUCUAUUAAGGGCAUGCCUAAUCCAUUUUGAAUGCUCCUUUGAUCUGCAGGUACCGGAGAGGUGAGGUAGAGGGGUCGUUAUCCUGAUUCAUAC